AUGCACCGCUCAAAUGUGGGCACAAGAAGUGCACAAAGAAUGACCACAAAUGAUGUGAUGAUCACCACUAUUAGUGUGACUUUUGGCCAUUUGUUACUACUGUUGACACCGGUAUUACUGACCGUCCAAUUAGUGUCCGGAUAUGAGUGUCUGGACAAGAGGUGCACCUGUAUGUGGAUUAAGGGUAAACUGGCAGCCGAUUGCUCCCUCCAGAAGCUCACACAACUGCCUCAGGUUCAUCAGAGGAUUCCAAUAUACAUGUGA